AUGGACACCAAAACAUUUUAUGGUGCAAGGCCACGGAAUUUUCUGGCCCUUAUACCAGAAAAUCCUCAAGACUCUGACGUUGAUCUGUGUGAUGAUGGCGACAACCAAAUAGAGGAACCUGAUUAUCAGCCCACACAAGCAGGAGAUGAGGACAGUUCUUUUGAAUCCAUGGAUGAGGAGGAGGUUGCCUCAUCUUCUAAACAACCGAAGAGUAAGAAGAGGAGAAAAGGACAAAACAACCUAAGAGCAGUUUCCUUGGCAGAGCUAGAGGACACUGCUGACCCUAAAUCACCCUCAGGCCUAAACAGAGGCACUCAGAGAAUGUGGAAGUUUGAAGACAUUGAGGCAUUCCAGUUUCCUGAUUCAAGAUUUGAACUCCCUGAUGACGUAAAGACACCCUUCCAGUACUUCAAAACACUCUUCACUGACAAGAUGAUUCAACAUAUUGCUGAACAUACCAAUCUGUACUCUGCACAGGAGUUGGGCGAUCCAAUCAAAACUACCCCCGAAGAGAUUGAAGAUUUCCUGGCAGUACUACUUUUCAUGGGUGUUUUCAACUUCCCAGCCAUGGAUGACUACUGGCACCACCAGUCACGUUUCAGUGUGAUAGCUGAUAUCAUGUCAAGUAAGAGAUUCAAGCUGUUACGCCGGUUCAUUCAUUUUACUGACAAUCAGCAGGACAAUAACAGUCCGGACCGGUUUCAGAAAAUCCGCCCCCUUUUUGAGAUGCUUCGUGAGCAGUGUCUCCUGAUCCCAUCCACUUACAAGCACAGUGUGGGUGAAGUCAUGGUGGCAUAUAAAUGCACAAGGGCUGGUACUCUCGGCCAAUACAUUGCCAACAAGCCAGACAAGUGGGGCUUUAAAUUGUUCUGCCGGGCCAGUCCAUCUGGCAUCAUUCAUGACCUACUGCUCUAUCAAGGGGCAUCCACAUUUUUUAAUGUGGCCCUCAGUGAGGAGGAGCAGGUGCUGCCUCUAGGGGCCAAACUGGUGACAACCCUCAGCAAAACAAUAACACAGCCACGGCUUUCAGUUAUCUUCUGUGACAGCUACUUCACCAGUUUCGACUUGCUCCACAACCUGCAUGCAAACCUGGGUGUCAGGUGCAUUGGCGCUGUCCAACCAAACGGCAUGGGUGGAGCUACCAUGAUGACAGACAAACAGCUGAUGAAGGAAGGACGUGGAGCUCUUGACUACAGGUCUGCUGAAGGAGUGAUCGCAGUGAAAUGGUUUGACAACAAAUGUGUCAGCCUUCUUAGCAAUGCCUGUGGGAUCAUGCCUCUUUCAACUGUCAAACGGUGGAGCAAAGAUUCCCGCACAAAGAUUUCCGUCCCGUGCCCAUCACUCGUUACUGCCUACAAUCAGCAUAUGGGAGGCACUGAUCUUUCUGACAUGCUGGUACACCUGUACAAGACCCCAGUCAAGUCGAGGAGAUGGUACAUUCCCCUGUUUGGAUACAUCCUUGACCUGUGCAUCUCAAAUUCCUGGCUGGUCUACAAGAGGGACUGUGGCCUACUGAACGAGAAACCAAUGCCCCUCAAAAGGUUCCGUCUGGCAGUUGCCCACAGUUUGGUGCAAGUCAACAAACCACCAUCCAAAGUUGGCCGACCGUCACCUUCCUCUCCACCACUGAUGUCAUCUCAAAGGAAACACACUACCACAAAACCCUCACAACCACAACCAGAUGUGCGUUACGAUAACUGCGGACAUUUCCCACUUCACUGUGACAAGCGAGGGCGGUGCAACUUAUGUCCAAAGGGGGUGUCGAGAUGGAAGUGUCAGAAAUGCAAUGUUUUCCUGUGUUUGAAUGCCAACCAGAAUUGCUUCGCAGCAUACCACCAGAAAUAA